CAUUCGUCAGCGUGUGGCAGUUUGAAUUUGGAGGCGGCAGUCGCACGUCCGGUGAGCUCCGAGACGCUCCGUUUCAGGUGGAGCCGCGCGCCCCCCGGCCUCAGCUUCAGGCCCAGGCCGCGAAGGGCGGGACGCACCGGCCAGCCUCCCCUCGCCACGUCGCUGCCCCCGACCUCGCCCCUGCCCGCCGCGCCCUCGUCCCCUGCGCCAUGGCUCCGGCGAGGAAGGGCGGCAGUCGGGCCAAGGCCAGCUCCUUACGGAGCCGCAAGCUCACCUCCUUCCUGAAGGACUUCGACCGCGAAGUGCAAAUUCGGGCCAAGCAGAUUCAGUCGGACAGGCAGAACCUCCUCAAGGAGAUGGACAACCUGUACAACAUCGAGAUCCUGCGGCUGCCCAAGGCGCUGCGCGAGAUGAACUGGCUCGACUACUUCGCUCUUGGAGGAAACAAGCAGGCUCUGGAGGAAGCCGCAACCGCCGACCUGGACAUCACAGAAAUCAACAAGCUGACAGCGGAAGCUAUUCAGACACCCCUGAAAUCUGCCCGAACACGAAGGGCAGUGCAACUGGAUGAAAUGAUAGUGGAAGAAGAAGAAGAAGAGAACAAAAAUAAUCGUCAAACUGCACGAGUCAAAAGGUGUCCUCCAUCCAAGAAAAGAGCCCAAUCCAUACAAAGAAAAAGCAGGAGUAAAAGGUCAAGCCACUGUAACAUUCUGACCCCGGCUCUGAGCCGUCUAGAGUUGUCCCUGGUGAAACCAACCCCAGGCAUGACACCCAGGUUCGACUCCAGGGUCUUCAAGACCCCAGGCCUGCGCACUCCGGCAGCCAGGGAGCGGAUCUACAAUAUCUCUGUGAACGGCAGCCCUCUCGCAGACAGCAAAGAGAUUUUCCUCACCGUGCCCGUGGCAGGCGGAGAGAGCAUGCGGUUACUGGCCAGUGACCUGCAGAGGGUUGACAUCGCGCAGCUGGACCCGGAGGCCAUCGGCAACAUCAGGAAACUCUCCACCCGUCUUGCCCAAAUCUGCAGCAGCAUACGGACUCAGAAAUGAGGCUGCAUUUCCAAGACACCAGACAUGGCGGACGGGACCUUCUGCAGGCACUUCCGGACCCUGAAGAGACUUCUCCCCUUUGGGCUGUUUGAGUGUGAGGUUCUGUGUCUCCUGUUGGAGCAUUCAGACAGCGGGAAAUGCCGUUCCCCUAUCAAGUAGAUAAAGCUUUGCUAGUCCCUAGGGACAGGCACUGCCGCUGAGGUUCCCUGUCGUCUCCCAGCUAAGUUCCCCUUCCCGCUCUGCACUGCCGCCUCCUGCCUCCUGUCACUCAGCCUGCCCCGACCCCAGUGGAGGUGGCCCGGGAGAACCUCGUGUUCUCGGGGCAACCCGCCGCAGAGCGCCCGCCGAGCCAGCCACUGGCCCCCCGGGAGGCCUCGCUCAGAGCAGUGAGAGGGCAGCGCCAGGACAGGGGCGCAGCUGCACGUGGGGCCAGCGCGGGGGCUCCAGAGUCUCAGGCCUCCUCAACCCCCUCCUCCCUCCCAGCUGAUCUGGGCAGUGUUCUGUAUUCCUCCCUGUUUACUGAAGACCAAAACGUGUUUGGAGGCAAUUUCCGUGUCUUCUCCUCUACCUCUCUCUGGUGGGGAUUUGGAUGAGGCCGUGGAGGGCGCAGCCUGCAGGCCCCCCUCCCCCGCUCCCCGCAAGCCCUGCACAUCUCCUGUGGGGUGCGCGGGGGAGCAGGGCUCACUUGUCUGGCCACAUCCCAAGUGGUUUUUGAAUCAGCACUGACGUCCCUGUCCUGUGCUCCAGCGCGCCUCUCUGCCCCCCAGAAUCAUGAGAUGUGGUCCAAAACUAUGGGGACAGUUCCUCGUCCCCAUUCCAGACUUGAGGGCACAGUUUUCUCUCACACAGCCCUUUGCUGUACUCUGUCUUCUCGGGCUGCCUGACCGGGCCCGGAUACCCGAGUACCCAGUCCAACUCCAGCUAUUACUCUCAGCUUAUUUCUGGUUUCCUCUCCUGAGACUUUUGUACAUAUUGUUUUACUGAGCAACUGCAUAUAAUCUGAUUUAUUCUAAUCAGAGCUACUUGUUAACCUGUUCUCAAUAAAUUGUGUGGGUGUUUUUUUUUU